AUGGAGGCUGUUGCUGAGCAAUACUUCAGCAGCGGUGACAUGAAGGCUGCGGCAACCUUCUAUUGCAAUCUGAUGGUGCUGCAUCCGCGGUACGUGAAGAUGGCGCGUAUAUGUCGAGUGCUGGCCGACCCCUCUGUGGUCCCACAGCCACAUAGGUAUGCAGAUGUUGUAGAGGCGCUUUUAGAACCAACCAUCACACCAGAGGCUUUGUUUGGAGCAGAUUUGGCCCCUGCAGACAUCAAUAAAGCGUACCAGCGCUGGACGCUCCUCGUGCAUCCGGACAAGAAUCCUUACCCGAGAGCCAAGGACGCAUUCAACCGACUCGUUGCGCUGAAGACGGUGGCACUGGAAGCGGCCAGUAAACCGAAAGAGUUGCUGAGCACGGAACCUACCGCGUGGUGUGGCGGUACUCGCAGGAGAACGCGCCAGCAUGGCAAAUCCGAUAUCCCCGCGGCACCACAGCGUCCGGGUGAGAGUGGUUCUUCCUCUCCAAGGGCUGCGGAGAUCGACAUGACGCUGUCCGAGUUGAAGAAGGUGCAAGUUACUCUCAAGUCACUUAAACGGAAAGACAUUGACGACAGUGAGCUCCCAGAGUUGAGUGCCACCCUCCGCAACGUGCGCGAGCGUCGUUUUUGCUCGCGUCCCCCUAGUCCUUUGGCCUUUUCAGCGCCCUCUGUGCUGUUGCAUGUCUUCGCACCUGAGAUUAACGCGUCUCACGCGCCAUCAGUCCCACCGCAGUCGUGUAGUUCCGCGUCUGAUGCCCCCACAACCUCGGCAUUGCCGCCGCUGUCAGCCAACAAUUCACCUCCAGAAACGAAGAGCGUGAGGGAGGCGCCGCGGUGUGUGUCGACUGCAAAACCUUUGCGCCAUACACCACCAGAGACCGGCACGGAGGAACAGUCGCAGGAAUCCCCACCUGUGAAAAUACCCUCACACUGCCAGCAUAGUGGAAAUGAUAAGACAACAGAAAUCGUAACCAAUGGGCAGGCAUCGAAGGAAAAUGCUCUAAAGUCAGAGGAAUCUUUGCCUGAGAAGUUGCCCUCACGUCGUGGAACGGGUGGCAAUGGGGAAACAAAAGAGGCUGUAAACGAUGAACGUGCAACAAAUAAAACCAAAGAGAAGCCACAGGAGUCAUCGACUGUGAAGAGUCAUUUACGGCAUCAGGUAGCCAACAGGGAAAGGGUGAAGAAGACGGUGAUCAAUCAGCCGACCAAAGAGGAGGUUGCUUCUGAGAAGCUGCAAGUUGUUUCUCCUUCGUCAUCACCAACUGGGCUUGUUGAUGAGGGCGGUGCAUCGCUAGUCGAUGCCGCAAAGGGGAGUAUUAGAGAUUUGAUACGAGGUCUUCAAGAGAUGAAGGCAAGCAGGGCUCCCCUGAGGUUAAGGUGCGAUCUCACGUUCGCUUCUUAUGAACGGGAGAAGCUGCAGCAAGAGCUAGCUGGGAGUAAAAUGGAGGUAAUGCCGUAA